UCUCAGAAAUAGUUGACUUUUUGGUCGUUUUAUACAUAGCUAAAUUGGUUGCAAAUAUCCUGUACUAUAAUGCCUUACUCAUUUGACUCAUUAAAAAUCACCCUGUAUACAUAAUUGUUUGAAGGCUUCUCGCAUGUUAAAUACCUUAUCUAUACUGUCUAAAAUCUUCUUGAGUAAACAAUUAUUGUAAUUCUAAUCAGUGUACCGGUAGAUGUGACUACGUGAGUGAGUGACACAAAAUGUUCGUAGUUAACGCCCUUACACAAGCCGCCUACAUAAAAAAUGCGUUGAGGAUUUUAUCAGUACUCAAUCUGACUGCCUAUCGAUAUCCCGAACAAGCAAAUAUUGAAGAUGGCGCUAUGUUCGACUUCAUCGUGGUGGGCGCGGGCUCGGCGGGCUGCGUGCUGGCCAACAGGCUCAGCGAGGACCCGAGGGUGACGGUGCUGCUGGUGGAGGCCGGCGGGGACCCGCCUGUGGAGUCCAACCUCCCGGCUCUGUACAAAUAUGUAGCUAGAACUCAGAAUGACUGGAACUAUACGACUCCUCAGUGCCUCCAAUAUAAGUGUCAUCCUAACAGCAGAAUCAACUUACCUAUGGGGAAAAUGUUAGGUGGCUCGAGCAGUCUUAACUUACUGAAAUACACACGAGGAGACCCGCAUGAUUACGACACAUGGGCUCGCAUCGCGAAUGACGAUAGCUGGAGUUACGACAACAUUUUGCCUUACUUCAUCAAAAGUGAGAGAAUGGAAACUGAUGCUGUUUUAAAAUCUCCCACCGGCAUGUUUCAUGGUUCUAAAGGGUAUAUGGGUGUAACAAAAAUAAAUAAUUUAAGCAAAACAAAGAAAUACUUGGAUGCUCUUCAGGAACUUGGGUUCAAUACUGUAUUUGACACCAAUGGUAAUUACACAUUAGGAUUUGCGGAGCCGCAAUACACCGUAGCUGAUGGUAUACGUCAAAGUACAGCGAAUGCUUUUUUAUCACCAAUAAAAAAUCGACCUAAUCUUUAUGUCCUUAAACACCAUUUGGCAACAAAAAUCAAUUUCGAAAACCAAGUCGCUGUUAGCGUGAAUGUGAAAAAUGAUGAAGGAGUAACAAUGACACUAAAAGCAUCAAAAGAAAUAAUAUUGUCAAGUGGAGCAAUCAACAGUCCUCAACUACUAAUGCUUUCAGAAAUUGGCCCAAAAGAGCACCUACAAGGUUUUGGAAUAAACGUCGUUUCUGAUCUUCCAGUGGGUAAAUACUUACAAGAUCACAAAACUGUAACGUUAUUUGUCUUAACUGGACCAGCGUCUGAACCCAGGCCCGUUAAUCCUUAUGAAUAUCCUAAUGUCGCUUUAAAUGGUUUUGUGGCAUUGGCCAAAAAUCAGUCCUAUCCAGAUUAUCAAGCCAUAAUAACUAUUGGCGAUUCAGAAAGUUUAAGUAAUGGAUGCGCCUUUUCAGUUGAUAUUUGUCAGAAAUUUUUCGAUAAAAGCAAAAAUAGAGAAGUUAUGAUAACUGUAUUGGUGCCCCUUCGUCCCAAAUCUAGGGGACAAAUACUUUUGAAAAACACUGAUCCUGAACAACAUCCACUUAUUUACACAGAGCCAUAUUCUGAUGAAAGUGAUUUAGAAGAUGUAAUAAGUUAUUUAGAUAAUUAUUCCCGGGCUAUUAACACAACGUAUUUCAAGAUUGUAAAUGCAGAGUUCUUAGAAUUGGAAAAAUGUUCCAACCACCCUUUUGGCAGCAAAACUUACUGGCGCUGUUACGCUCGGUGUCUGGUGACCUCGCUGCACCACCAAGUGGGCACGUGCGCCAUGGGCUCCGUGGUGGACAGCCGGCUGCGCGUGCGCGGCGUGGAGAGGCUGCGCGUGGUGGACGCCAGCGUCAUGCCCACCAUCACCAGCGGCAACACCAACGCGCCCACCAUCAUGAUCGCCGAAAAAGCAGCCGACAUGAUCAAGGAGGACAAUAACAUUACAACAACAACAAAUUAA